AUGGGACCACAAACGCAUCUUGUGACAGGCGGCAGUGGGUUCAUUGGCAUUUGCAUAGUCAAUCAGCUCUUAGAAGCUAGAUACGCUGUGCAUGUUACGGUGCGAAGUAUAAAAAAUGGCCCAAAGGUUCAACCACUGCUAGACUUACAGGAAAAGUACCCAGGGAAACUCACACUCUUUGAGGCGGAUUUGCUAAAGCCUGGUUCCUUUGCAGCUGCGAUGGAGGGAUGUUCAAUUGUCCAUCAUGUCGCUUCCCCCUUCCUGAUGGCCGAGAAGAUCAUCGACGGACAAAAAGAAAUGGUUGAACCAGCCGUUCAAGGGACCCAAAAUGUCCUGAAUUGCGUGAACAGUACAGAGAGCGUUGGACGGGUCGUGUUGACGUCAACAGUUGGUGCUAUUUUUGGGGACUAUAUUGAUGUUAUGAGCAUGAAUAACAACACGCUACAUGAGACCUACUUUAAUGAAUCGAGCUCUGUAACUCACAACCCGUAUCAUUAUUCCAAAAUCUCGGCUGAAAAGGAGGCAUGGAAGAUUCAAAAGGCCCAAUCACGAUGGGACAUGGUGGUGAUAUGCCCAGGCUUAGUAUUGGGGCCCUCUCUAACAGCUGGAUCUGAUUCUGGAAGUCUCUUUUUGCUCGAUGAACUUUUUACCGGCCAACUGUGGUUCGGCGUUCCUGACUUGAGCUUCUGCACAGUCGACGUGAGGGAGGUUGCCACCGCACACAUCAACGCAUCGAUUAAUCCAUCAUCAAGUGGGAGAUACAUCAUAUGCCACAAAGAUAUGACAAAAUUCAUCGAUAUCUCCAAACAUCUCAGAAAGCAGGCCAAGAAUCGAAUGGCUCUUCCUCAACACCAGCUGCCAACUUUGUUAGUUUGGUUCAUUGGGCCACUGUUCGGUUUAACACGCAAAUGGAUGCGUGCGAACCUAGGAAUUCAAUUCUCCGUGGAUAAUGAACGAAGCAUUAAGGAGCUUGGUAUUGCAUAUCGGCCUCUAAUCGAAACCCUCGAUGACCACUACAAGUCAUGGGUCGCCCAGAAGGAAUCAAAGAAAGAAAAAUAG